AAAGGACGCAUCAUUCUAAAGCGCUUACAAACUACAUUAGCACUAAACAUUUCAUGUUUUUAGUAUUAUUUACCUAAAGAUCAUAGUCCUUAGACUAUAUUGGCAUAAUUGUUCCAUCAAAACGCAUAUUUGUUCUCUAAUAGGGAUUUGUUUUUGGACCAUGAAACUUCAGCCUCGUUUUUCUCAGUUCGAGCUCAAUGUUACUUAGGACCUUUUGAAUAAGUACUCUUGAAAUAAUAGUGAAGGAAUAUUUUCACAGUUUUCACUAAAAACAUGCCGCCUAAGCUGAAAUUUACCGAAGGUGAGAAAGUUCUCUGCUUCCACGGACCACUUAUCUACGAGGCAAAACUGCUCAAAAGUAUGGUAAUGAAAGAUAAGCAGGUCAAAUAUUUUAUACAUUACGCUGGAUGGAACAAAAACUGGGACGAAUGGGUGCCGGAAAACCGUGUACUCAAGUACAACGAGGCAAAUGUUCAGCGACAGCGGGAAGUGACCAAACUGCAUUCGUCGCUUGCAGCAAAAAAUAAAAAGGCAAAUGCGAAAGCUAAAAAAGCUGAUACGAGUGCUGGAUCCAGCAAAGACGGCGAUUCGCGCGCCUCGACGCCUUCCAAAGAGGUAGUUAAGGAGAAAGAACCAGCUCCGAUAAUCUCCGGAACUGUCACGCCAAUUGCACCCAGUCCCAGCACUACCACUGCUACUCCAACCAGUCGCAGCCGUUCAUCGGCCAAGAUUGCGGCUACAGUACCAGUUCCGUUACCCAAGGAAAAAUCCGAGGAAAAAGAUACUCCAGUAGAAAAACGUAAAUCGGAAGAUGCCCCGGAAUCGUCAGCUUCCGUAAAAAAGAAGCGUGGUCGAAGUGACACUACGUCAUCAAACGUUGAAUCCGAGGAUCAGUUUCUAUCCAAGGUCGAAGUUAAAAUUAAAAUCCCAGACGAGUUGAAACCAUGGCUGGUCGAUGAUUGGGAUGCGAUUUCUCGACAGAACAAGCUGGUGGAACUCCCAGCCAAGACUACCGUUCAAGAAAUUGUUGAAAACUACGUUCAGUAUAAAAAGUCGAGCAAAGCUUCCACGGCUACAAAGGAGAAUGCUGUUCAAGAUAUCGCCAACGGUAUAAUCGAGUAUUUCAACGUGAUGCUCGGAUCACAAUUGCUAUACAAAUUCGAACGACCGCAGUAUGCGGAAAUGAUACAGACCCAUCCGGGUGUACCGAUGGCGAAGAUCUACGGCUCCUUCCAUUUGUUGCGGCUGUUUGUGAAACUGGGAUCGAUGUUGGCUUUUACCGCACUGGAUGAAAAAUCUAUUCAAACGCUGAUUGGACACAUUAUGGAUUUUCUCAAGUAUCUGGUGAAGAAUAGCAGCACACUGUUCAACAUGCAGCAGUACGUAAAUACUAGCCCGGAGUAUCACCGGAAGGCGCAAUGAUUCACGCUUCAUCGCUACAAGAUGAACCACUUUUUUGACUCGAUCUGAUGAGGAGGAUUUGAGCUAUUCAAAUUAUUCAACAUUAACCGUAAAUGUCCAAUGUUAUUUUUGGAAAGGAAAAAUAUAUUUGGGUACCAAUUA